UAGGAGAGCAGAUUAUGAAGCGGAGCUCAACCAGCGGCAGUCUCCUUUCAUUGUCUCAAUGGCUGCACACGCAUUCCUCCUCUGCUCCCUCGCCUUGCUGUCCGCUCUCAGCCGGCCUGGGCUCUCCUUUACUGAGGAAGAGUUGCAGCCGGGACUCAUCUAUGACGAAGUGCCUGAAAUCCUGGACAGAAGCAAAGAGAACCCCAAACAAGCAACAAGAGUCACAUCAAGUCAAGAUGGUGGGUACGGCUUAGAAAGUGAAGAGGUUAUUUUGACGCCUGAAGAUGAAAACCCACUCAGGAGAAUACUGCAGCCUUUUAAUUGGCAUCAGCCGGGGAUGUCUCACAGUAAGAGGAAGCUGCUCCAGUCUCUGAUGGGGCCUUAUGGCCCACUGAGCGUGUCUUACAAUGGGAAGACUUGCAUUCUGUUCAAGGCAAAGCGCCUGGCAAUCCGCUACAGGAACCACACCUUCAUUGACUUGACUGAGAGGGUCUUCAACACCAACUCACCUGUGGACACUAAAGGCUCCAUCUGCACCAAGGAGAAAGCAACUCUUUCACUAAGGUUUGGUGAUGUGGAGGACUUGCGAGGUCUAGUAAUCAGGCUUCAGAUGUCCAACACAUUUUAUGAGGCAGCUGGUCAAAACUGGUUCACACUAGACAGUGUUCACAUCCACUACAACUGGACCCAGGAGGCCACGUUCAACGCCAGCGAGGUCUACGCUCCGGCCACUUCAUCCUACCAUUGCCAGCACGUCAGCAGCCUGCACAAAUAUGACACCCUGCUAGUGCCCAGCUCCCACACUGACACAUCCGCUAACUGGCACAUCACUUUCACUGAUUUCCAGAUCCAGGCCUUCAACGUGCAGUCUGACAAGUUUGCAUCAGCCAGUGACUGUGCGACUUUCCUGACACCGGCUAUCCUGAUGGGCUUGGUGACAUCUUUGAUCCUGCUCCUCGUUUUAGCCUAUGCCCUACACAUGGUGGUACACCUCAAGCACAUCGACCGCUAUGAGGAGCACAAAGCCACCGUCUACUUCCCCCGUAGUCCAGAAGCUGAGUUGCCAGAUAAGAACAGCCUGUGAAGGAGAAAAGACGAGCUGGAGAGCAACAGGGGGAGAUAGAAAGAAAGCUGAGAAAGCAAGGCCAAAUGGGAGCGCAAGUGAAUACAAGAGUGAAAAAGUAUCCCCCACAGAAUAUUUCUUCAACAAAUGACAACUUUGCCUGUUCAUAUGAAAACCUUGUACGUCUUAACUACUUUAAGUAAAUGCCGACCGUGGUUGGAUACUUUUUCUUCUUCUCUCAUUGACCUGCAUCUUGGCAUCCAGAUUUUGACUAAGGCCUUUGGAUGAUCAAGCUUCUCCCUGAGUGAUGGUUCAUGGUCCUGAUGUCAGAGGUCAAGGACAGUCCCGGGGGCCCUGAAGGGCGACAGCAUUUACAGGCCAUUACCCCAGUCAGCCAUUAAUAUCACAAAAGCCUAGCAACUGUAGCUAAUACAGCUAACAUUAGAUGCUCCUGAUUAUACGUAUACAUGGCUCACAAGUGUCAUAUUACAAGCUUCCAUUAUACACAUUGUCUUUUCAGCUUUCAUUACAGUGUACUUUGUCUAAUACCGCUGCAAGAAAUAUAUACUUCAAACAGCCAGUUUUAUAGCUGAAAUAGCCGUAUUAGCUGCAUGCCAUAAAAGGCUGGUCUAUCUGGGCUAGCACAGUGUUUCCUAAUAAUAAGGAUUACAGAGGGUCUUGCAUGAGUCGCAGCUUAAAAUAAUCAAACAUGGCACAAAGAAGAAGGAGCUUGAAAAGCUUUUGAGCGUAAGCAAAGAGAAAUAUCGGGAACCACUGGUCUAGCAUCUGGCUGGAGUGAAUGGACCAGCACUACCGGCCCUUCAGAGCCUCUGGAGCCUCUCACCCCUCCCCUGAACAAGACUGCUGCUUGGGACUUAACUGUGAAAAGGCCUUUUACAGACCAGCCAGACAAAAGGGGGGUUCUACAAACUAGCACAACAUUGGUUAGCUGCGAAAGCGCUAACAACAAACUAUCAAAGACUAUACAAGGAACUAUGCUGCACAAGACUGCCCAUCUGAGGGCAUGGCAGGAAAGCGGGUCUUGCGAUGACUUGACUCUCUAAGGGUCAAGUGUUUGGACAAGGGAGGCCGUCGGCCCUCCAUCCACAUCACUGGGUUUGACUGCCAAAGUAAAGCUACAAAGGAGUUGCCAUGAAAUAUGGUGGGAGUUGGAGUGAGACAAUGUGAAAACGAAAGCUAAUCGUUACAGCUAUGUACAAAGCAAAAACACAUACAUGUACAGAAGCGUCACUCUGCGGAGGCUUUUUUUUAUAUACAAUGUAAUCAUGAACUACUAUUAGGUACAGGAUGACUAUGCUAAUCCUCAUAACCAAAAGGAUAUACAAAGCUGUAGAUACAUUAAGAUCUCUAUACGAUCAUAGCUGUUUACUAUCUUCAAAUAUUGCACAACUAAUAAAAAAUAUGUACAAGUAAGACAUUGUGCUAUGAGGAUUGGUGAAAGUAUCAAUGCAUAUGAUUUUUUCUACAAAAGUAUUAACAUAAUACACUGUCUGUCUAUUUGUUUUAAGCUGGGCCAGACAAUGUAAGGUCCAGUUUCAUCUAACUGUAAAUUACAGUACAAAUUCCUACCAUAGAAGGACGAUACUAUGGAAUGCCGUCCACUCACUGGGACUUAUAGAUGCCAUUAUUAUGCCAGAAGCCACACUAGCAGCAGUAACAGCAUCAGUAAGUCAUUACUACUGAUAAAAACACUCAGCAUGACAGUAAAUAGAUAUCUUAACAUUCGAUAUGGCAGUUCUGUCAAUCUGUAGCAGUGUGAAAUGUGUUCUUUGGUCAUAAAUGUAUCCUACAAACUAUGAAAUGAGCGGAGGCGGUUUGUCCAAGGACCAACUGAUGUAGAUUGAACAAUAAAUGAUAUU